AGUCGCUGGACUCCUGGCUGCGCACCCACCUUACAAAUCAGGCGCUCGCACUAGAAAGCAGUUAAAAGCCUAACGUCCACUUUAAUGUGGUCAAAACCUUUAUAUUAUUUGCAGUGUUUCUAGGUACCAGCGGCUUCCCCGCUUACAAUAAUAACUGACGUACAGUGUGACGUAUGAGUGUUGUUAAAGUGAAUCAUCUUUACUGUAGAGAUGCUGAGCCUAAGGCAAGAGGCCUGAAACCAUCAUUUCCACCACACGUAGUAACGUAACAUUUUUUUCAGUCAUCUUCAGCGCAAUGGAGGAGAUUCUCCGAAAGCUUCAGAAGGAGGCAUCGGGCAGUAAACACAAAGCGAUCCGGGACUCCUGUGGUGUCGCGUGCGAGACGCUUCAGGCUCAGAACGGUUCAGUUAAAAUACCACCGUCAAAACUCAGAGCGAAGUGUUUAUUCCCUCUUCAGUUGGCACUGGAGUCUAAAAACACUAAACUGGCUCAGACUGCCCUCGCCGGAAUGCAGAAGAUCCUUUGUGAGGAUUGCUUUGUUGCUGUGGAAACAGAGGUUCCAGAGAAGCAGCUGUUGAGUCAGAUCCUGGAAGCCAUCAGGGUGACGCCCGCCCUUCAUGAAGACCUGCAGGUUGAGGUCAUGAAGGUUCUGCUUUGUGUCACCUACUCCUCUACCUUUGAGCUCAAUGGCCACAACAUCUUGAGAAUUGCUGAGGUGUGUAUUGACACGUACAUAUCAAGUUGUCAUCAGCGCAGUAUCAACACAGCAGUCAGGGCCACCCUCAGUCAGAUUCUUGGAGACCUCACCCUACAACUACGCCAUAGACAGGAAAACACAGGUGUCGAUGGCGAGGAACGUUGCAUACCUGUCCACCAGCGCAAAGAUCUAUCUCCCACUACCGAUGCACUGUAUGAAGAUGUUGUUAUGGUGCUCACUGUUUUCUGUGACAAACUGGAGUCUGUCUCCAAUGAAAACCAGCUGCUGCAGCUGUUGUACCUGGAGUGUAUUCUGUCCAUGCUGAGCAGCUGUCCUCCCACAAUGCACCUGCAUCGUAAUUUCACUGACCUCAUCUGGAAGCAGUUGUGUCCAACUCUGGUGGUGAUUAUGGGAAACCCAGCGAGUGAUAAAACCAUCACCUCUGCCCAUGGUGGGCAAACCCAAGACUCAGACACAGCACCGGGGACAGCGGUCUUGGAUCAAGGCCGGGGUUCUGGCUGCUCAUCGAGUGCUCCCAUAAUGAUUGGCCCAGUCGUUCGCACCAUCUGCUAUGUGGCAGCUGAGUUAGUGCGUCUGGUGAGCUGCGUUGAGUCCAUGAAGCCUGUUUUGCAGUCCCUGUACCACCGCAUUCUGCUUUAUCCACCACCACAACACAGAGUGGAGGCCAUCAAGAUUAUGAAAGAGAUUGUGGGAAGUCCUCAGCGCUUGUUUGAUCUGGCUGGCCCAUGCGUCAUUGAGCCUGAGACGAGAAAGCGGUCUUUCUCAAAAAGGAAGUCACAUCUUGAUCUUCUCAAACUGGUAAUGGAUGGUGUAACAGAAGCGUGCAUGAAGGGCGGGAUUGAGGCCUGCUACUCUUCUGUGUCCUGUGCUUGUGCCCUGUUGGGUACAUUAGAUGAGCUCAGUCAGGGGCGUGGCCUGCAGCAAGACCAAUCUCGCAUGUUGCUUCGGCGAUUGGAUGAGCUCAAGGAAGGGGUGGAGUCUAUGCGUGAGUCUGUGGAGCUCAAUGAAGCUGACUUCCGCUGGCAGCGGCGAGUCCUUUCCUCUGAGAACGCCGCCUGGGAGAGCAGCAUCACCGAACGCAGCCCUGACAUCAGCAUCAGCGUCACCACCGACACAGGCCAGACCACACUGGAGGGAGAUGUGGGUCAAACUACUCUGGAAGGGGAAAUGGGCCAGACCACUCCAGAGGACUGCGGGGAGGAACCACGUCUGCCUUCACCUUCUGCCUGUGGAGCUGUGGCGAGAGCUCGUCCGGAUCUACCAGAAUGUGUUCGAGACAGCGGUGUCCCUGAAGCCCCAUCCAGUACGGCUCCUCCUGAUGUAGUGCAGCGCAGCCAUGGCCUGGCCUACCCCGAUAUCACCAACUUUCUGUCUGUGGAGUCUCGGGCUCGCUCGCACGGCUCACGCUACAGCGAAAGCAACUUCAGUGCGGACGAGCAGGAGCUGUCACGAACGGAGUUCGAUUCGUGCGACCAGUACUCCAUGGCUGCAGAAAAGGACUCGGGACGCUCUGAUGUGUCCGACAUGGGCUCUGAUAACUGCUCUCUGGCUGAUGAGGAGCAGACGCCGCGAGACUGUCCCGGGCACCGUACACUGCGGACUGCUGCCCUGUCCCUAAAACUGCUGAAGAACCAGGAAGCAGACCAACAGAGUGCCCGGCUUUUUGUGCAGUCUCUGGCUGUGCUGUUACCACGCCUGCUGGGAAUGCACAGCACCACAGAUGUAGACGUGUCCCUGCAGAGCUUCUCAUCCACCUUCUGUUCGGGACUGCAAGCAGGUGGGGUACAUUCUCCAGGUUUCGAGGGCAGUGAAAACCUGAGUUGUCAGGCUCUAAUGAAUGCAGAUGGAUUGUACCUGGUUUCCUAUUAUGCUCUACUGCUCAACCUCAAACUGUGCUGCUGUGACUAUUACCACAGGAAACCCACAUCUGCUCUGGUGUCUUUGAAAGAGUUUGUGCGUCAGAUCCAGAGCAGUGGCGUUCUGGUGGUCCUGUCUCAGGCCUGGAUCGAGGAGCUUUACAACCAGGUGUUGGAGAGAAACCUGCUGGGGGAGGCAGGAUACUGGGGCUCGGCUGAGGAGCAGUCCUUACCUCUCAUCACCAUGCUUACCGAUAUCGAUGGACUGGGCAGCAGUGCUAUCGGUGGUCAGCUGAUCAGAAAGGCCUCAACACAGUCACCCUUCACUUGCGACAAGAAUGGCAGUGACAGCUUGGUGGCAGGUGUUGUAUUUGCCCGCUAUAUACUGACUGGCUGCUGGAAAAACCUGAUCGACACGCUGUCCACACCACUUACCGGGCGCAUGGCAGGAAGUUCUAGAGGUCUCGCCUUUAUUCUUGGAGCAGAGGGAGUUAAAGAGCAGACCCAGAGGGAGAGAGACACCAUCUGCCUCAGCUUGGAUGGUCUACGCAAGGCUGCGGCACUUAGCUGUGCCUUGGGUGUGGCUGCAAACUGUGCCUCAGCACUUGCCCAGAUGGCAGCUGCAUCAUGUGUUCAGGAGGAGAAAGAUGAAAAGGAAUUUGGGGAGACUGGUGAUGCCAUUGCUCAAGUUAAGCAGCGUGUUGAACAGAAACUGGAACAGAUGGGCCGCUGUCAGGGUGUGAGGCUGCACACAGCCCAUGUGCUCUGCAUGGACGCUAUACUCAAUGUGGGGCUGGAAAUGGGCAGCCAUAAUCACGAUUGCUGGCCUCAUGUCUUUAGAGUGAUCGAGUAUGUCAGUUCACUGGAGCACACGCACUUCAGUGACGGUGGCUCCCAGCCUCCCCUCGCUAUCACACAGGCACAGCAGGCCGUGGCAGUCGACCUGGAGCUAGAGUUAAGUGGUGAGGCCAGUCCUGAGCUAGAACUGGGUCUCAGCCAUCCAGUUAUCCAGCCGCUAUCUAUCCAGGAACUCUUAAGAGAAAGUAGUCGUGGUAAAGGGUUCGACCUGAGGGGAGGCAGUCUGCUUACAGGCACCAGCGCCGCCAAAGCCGUCUGCACGCUUUCAACACAAGCUGACAGGCUGUUCGAGGAUGCAGUGAGUAAACUCAACCUAGUGGCUCUAGUGGGUUUCCUACAUCAGCUCAGAAAAGCUUCACAGUCUCAACUUUUUGAUUCGGUCACAGAAACUGGAGACUACUCCUUAGCCAUGCCAGGGGAGGCAAAGUCAACCCAAGACAAGCGUAGUGCCCUCCACCUCUUCCGGUUAGGAGAGGCCAUGCUUCGCAUUGUGAAGAACAAGAGCAGACCGCUGCUGCACAUGAUGAGAGCCUGGAGUGUGGUAGCGCCUCACCUGGUGGAGGCGGCUUGUCAUAAGGAGCGACAUGUAUCCCAGAAGGCUGUGUCCUUUAUCCAUGAUGUUCUGAUGGAGGUUCUGAGCAGCUGGGCAGAGCUGCCACACUUUCAUUUUAAUGAAGCCCUCUUCAGGCCUUUUGAGCACAUCAUGCAGUUGGAGCUCUGCGACGAAGACGUCCAAGAUCAGGUGAUAACAUCCAUUGGAGAGCUGGUGGAGAUGUGCUCAGCUCAGAUCCAGUCUGGCUGGAGGCCACUGUUCAGUGCUCUCCGGACUGUGCAUGGCAACAAAACGGAUGUGAAGGAUUACCUGAUUGGAGAAUACUCUAUGGGAAAGUCACAGGCACCUGUGUUUGAUGUCUUUGAAGCCUUCAUUAACACAGACAACAUUCAGGUGUUUGCCAACGCAGCCACUGACUACAUCAUGUGCCUUAUGAAGUUUGUGAAAGGUUUAGGAGAAGUGGACUAUAAGGAGAUUGGGGACUGUGUUCAUGUCAGUGGAUACAGUUCUACAGAUCUGUGUCUGCCUGCCCUGGACUAUUUGAGGAAAUGUUCACAGCUGCUUGCCAAAAUCUAUAAGAUGCCGUCCAAGCCAGUUUUCCUGGGAGCGCGGUUGGCCAGCCUCCCGAUGAGAGCUCAGGAAAGGUCUGUGAGCAGUGAGGAGGGCAUGGACUGUGUUUUAGCAGAGUUUGACGAUGAUACAGGUCUGAUACAGGUGUGGAUUCUUCUUUUGGAGCAGCUGACAGCAGCCGUGUCAAACUGUCCUCGUCAGCAUCAGCCACCUACACUUGAGCUUCUGUUUGAACUUCUGCGUGAAGUCACCAAGAUACCAGGGCCUGGCUUUGCCAUUUUCUCUGUCAUCCAGCUGCUUCUUCCUGUCAUGUCACUAUGGCUACAACGAAGCCACGGUGACCACUCAUACUGGGACAUUGCUGCAGCAAACUUCAAGCAUGCCAUUGGACUAUCCUGUGAACUGGUGGUGGAACAUAUUCACAGCUUCAUCCAUUCAGAUAUUGGCUAUGAGAGUCUGAUUAACCUGAUGCUGAAAGAUCUAUUUAAACUGCUGGUGUCCUGUGUGGCAGAACCAGCUGAGACCAUCUCCAGAGUGGGCUGUUCUUGUAUUAGGUAUGUUCUGGUAACAGCAGGGCCUGUUUUUACUGAGGAGAUGUGGCGAUUAGCAUGCUGUGCCCUGCAGGACGCUUUCUCAGCUACCCUGGAGCCUGUGAAGAAUCUCCUAGCUUGUUUCCGGAGUGGUUCAGACAGUUUCACAGGAGAUGCAUGUGAAGUGAAAGUUGCGGCCCCCUCACACUCCCCUUCAGCUGAGGCUGAGUACAUGAGGAUCCGGGCCAUGGCUCAACAGGUCUUCAUGCUAGAUACGCAGUGCUCCCCUAAAACGCCGAGCAACAAGGAAGGUUUUGAGCACGCUCAGUCCUGUGUGCUGAUUAUUGAGCUUCCUGCCGACCAGCAGUCCAAUGGUCAAGCUCAAAAGAGAAAAAUUGGGAUUCCCUUCAGGACUCUGGUGGUGAGUUUACUGUCCCAUCAAGUGCUCCUGCAGAACUUGUAUGACAUCCUUCUAGAGGAGUUUGUGAAAGCUUCUGGGAGCUCCGAGAGCAAAAUCCCAACGGCAGUGUCGGAGCCAAAAGCUGCAGGCUUUCUACGCUACAUCUCAAUGCAGAACCUGGCCAUCAUCUUUGACCUGCUGCUGGACUCGUACCGCACAGCGCGGGAAUUUGACACCCGUCCAGGACUCAAGUAUCUCCUCAUGAAGGUGUCCGGGGUGUGUGGAGCUGCUAAUUUAUACCGCCAGUCUGCCAUGAGCUUCAAUAUCUACUUUCAGGCUUUGCUAUGUGCAAUGCUGACAAACCAGGAGAACAUCUCGGUGGAUCAAGUCAAGAAGAUCCUGAGUGAGGAAGAGGAGGGCGGCUCUGACUCUUCACAGCAGUGCUCCUCCGAGGAUGAAGAUAUCUUCGAGGAGAUGGCCCAAGUGAGUCCUCCACGCGCUCGCGAGAAGCGUCAGUGGCACGCUCGCAUCCCGUCGUUGAGCACGCAGCCUGCCAGCAGCGUGGACUGGGCAUGGCUGGUCAAACGUCUGCACAAACUCUGCAUGGAUUUGUGCAACAACUACAUUCAAAUGCACCUGGACCUGGAGAGUAGUGUGGGAGAACAGCUCACCCACCGGGCCGACCCGCUCUUUUUCUUGCCCCUUUUUAAUUCGGAGACCUCCACGCCAUCCCCCGGGGGCCUCUCGGGCCACGGGACACCCUCAGAGGACAGCUUCCGCCUCCACCUUGACGAGACUCCCUCAGAGGAGGUCCACAGCCCUGGUGGGUUGGGAGCAACCCUUCCCCAGCUGAGAGGAGACAGGAGGGAUGGGGGGCGUAAGAAGGAAUGGUGGGAGAGUGCAGGAAACAAGCUGUACACCAUCGCCACCGACAAGACCAUCACCAAGCUCAUGAUCGAGUACAAGAAACGCAAGCAGCAGCACAAUCAUACCACAUUUGCCAAAGAUGUGAAGGUGGGAGAGAAGAGGGGUGAGACGGUGACCCUGCGUGGCCCAGACUCCCCAGGGCCCCAGAGGCCUCAGCAGCUGGUAGAGCAGGGUCCCAUGCGUCACUCCAUCAGUGCGGGGCCCGAGCUACUACGGCAAGAGAAGAGACCUAGAUCAGGAUCCACAGCCAGCUCCCACAACAUCUCGCUCAGAGACUCUGAGGCACAGAUACAGGCCUGGACCAACAUGGUCCUUACAAUCCUGAAUCAGAUCCAGGUCUUGUCGGAUCCCACGUUCAUUGCCCUCCAGCCGGCAGUUUUCCCCUGUAUCAGUCAGCUGACCUGUCAUGUGACUGACCUCAGAGUGCGGCAAGCAGUGCGCGAGUGGCUUGGACGAGUGGGUCGCGUUUAUGACAUCAUCCUGUGAUGACCUGUCUCAGUUUUGAUCUGCAACAGCCUUUUCCAUGAAGCUCUAUUCCUCGUGCUUUACUGUUUGCCUCGGCAUUCGCUCAUGAUUCUGUGAUGCUGUUAACUGCUUAACUUUGCUAACUUUUUUAUCCGUGUAAUACAAAUCCCUUUUGUGAAUGUUCUUCGAUAUCCAUGCUGUUAUAUUCAGAAUCUAUAUUUUUAUUUCUUCAUUUCUCUAAAAGUUUACUGGCUUUAAACAUAUAUGUGCCAUAUAUAGGAUUAUGUUGUUUUUCAGGGUGUUUUUCUCUCAUCUAGCCCUUUAAAACUUAAACUUUAAAGACCCCUGAGCAUUUCAACUAGUUCAAAUCAUUGCACAGAAUUGUGGAACUUAAUGCACCUUUGUUAAUGCAUUGAUUAAGAUAUAUCUAAAGCAUGAACCUAUGCUUUGCUAACGCGGUUUUAUGUUGCUAUACAUUAUAUCAAAACGCUUUUUUUAGCAGAUUUUCUCUGUAAAAGACCACAUCCUUUUCCAGGCUCCCCUGAUAUCAGAUCAUAAAGUAUUAAGGCCUUGUUAAAAGUCAGUAGGCCAGAUAUUUUUGUCUGUAAAUGUGGAAGCAUUGAAGUCACGUUCGACUUUCACUAAAAAACGCAAACACUGUACUAGCUCUCAAAAUGCGCAUAAACCUCGUUCUGUUUAAACGCCCAAUGUCCGUCCAUUCUCCAUCCAUUCUGUCAGCCAGACACUGUGUGUCAUUCCUCUACCCACAAUCCAAAGGGAGACUGUGGUUAAAAACAUCAGAUACUGACCACACAACACUACAUCUGACUAAACUUGAAGAAACGUAAAAUUUGAGUGGCGAGAAAUAUAAUAUAAAGUAGUAUACUUUUCAUGGUUGCACCAUUUGUUGUCUUAAAGGUAUAAAAGCAGGAUGUUACUGAGCUCAUUAAAGCUAUUAAACAUUUGAAAUUUAGGUACAUUUUUAACUGAAGAGUAUUUACAAUCGGUAUUUACUAAAAUGAAUAAAGUUUGCACUUUUGGAGGCAUAGUUUUAUCGCUCUAUUCCAAAUACAUUUUAUUUCGUGAUUUAGAACUGCAGUUGCUUGAAUAAUAGUUUUUGUAAUGUGCAUGUAUUAUGUUGAUUUUGUGUGUGUGUGUGUGUGUGUGUGUGUGUGUGUGUGUGCAUGCAUGAAAAAGGAUGCAUUUUAUUUAUUUUGUGAGAGAAUUUAUUCAUCAUGACAAACUACAAAGAAACUGUUUGUAUAAAAAAAACGACCAUACUGUACAUCAUGUGCAAUGGGAGUUCUAGAAAACUGGGAAAGAUAUAUAGAUAUUCUUGACAUAUAUCCAGUGUUCACAGCCUGUUACGUAAUCAUAGUCAGAAUGUAUAAUCCUUAGCUCCAUUUUCUCAUAUUCUGUUGUGUUUAUGGCAACUGCCUUGCAUAACCAACAGGGAGAGAUUAAAAAGGAUGUUUAAAGGGACCAAAGAUGAAUUUAUAUUCGAUAUCAGAGUGUUCUGAAAACUAUUAUGUACUUAAUUUUUAGCAAAUCAAAUGUAUGUGUGUGUGUUCUUUUUUUCAGAGAUGGAAAGGAUUUGAUUUUCAGUUACACUUUAUUUAGAUAGUGGAUGGAUGGAUGGCACAGUAGACAUUCUACUAACUAAGUAGUAUUGCAACUACAUGUCAACUAAUUUUCAUUGAUUUGCAACUGCAUGUCUACUAACUUUCAGAGUAGACUGUUAGGUUACGGUUAGGGUUUGUUGAAUAAGGUGACGCAUACUUGCAAAGUUUCUCAUAGUCAGUAUGAUGUGGACCCAACAAAAAAAAGUGUUGGAACAUAUUAAGCAGACAGUCCACUAAUACUCUAGUGACUUACUGUUAGUAGAAUGUCUAAAGUGGACUAUCGAAAUAAAGUGUUACCUAUUUUUUUUUCCUUCUCCCAUUCUAGCUAAACUGAGGUGUAGUCUAACUGAGGUGUCUGCUUUGGGUAGAGUAGUGGACAGCAUAAAGUUCUGUUUGAAAUCAGAUUGUGAAAAGGUUUAGAUAAAGUUUUGUCAAGGCAAAAAGACUUUAUAAACUCUAAGGGAUAUAUGUAUAUAGUUUUUUUUAUUAUGAUUUGUCUUGUGAAUCUAAACUUGCAGCUCUCGGUCUAAAUCCACGAAAAAAACACUAUGGAUUAUGUUGUGUGGAAUUAAGCUAAAGCUAAAAAUGCAAGCUACAACAGAUUUCCGUGGAAUACUCAGAACAUCUUAAUUUUAGCUCUGCUAACAUAUGUUUAAUUUAUAAUGGCACUCUAUUUUACAGUACACAACUUUAAUUACCCCAUAAUGUACCAUGCAUAUAUUCUUUUAAGUAUUAUGGCAAAAAUAAUACUUGUACGAUUUGUUCCGGAGGGAGCGUGCUCAGUAUGUUACCAGCACACACUUUGCUACAUACUGUUUAUUAAACUUCUUCUCAAUUAAUUGCAGUACAUGUGCAUUAUGCUUAAUGUGUUCUGAAGUGUUUGUUAGAUCAUUUAUGUUGUAAGUGCUGAAGAAUAAAUAAGCAGAGUUA